AUGAUUUCCAAGUCUAGCACAACAUUACUGUCUAACCCAUGGUGCCCUCAACAACAACAGCAAUCACCACCAUUAACCACCAUGGACAGCCAUGCUUUUCUUAAUCUUGAAAAAGUGGUUCAGACCUACGGCGAUCAACCUGAAUUGCUCGAGUUAAUCCUCUCUAGUAAAGUAGAAGAGGACCGCAGACGUGCUGAAGAAGCUAAAUUACGCAGAAAAGAAAUUGAUUAUGUCUUGCACAAGCAACAAUCAAAAAAAGAAACCUCACUGGCACCCAUUCAAAAGCCAUCACCACCCACUAAGCCCACUGCUUUACCCAGAUUGGAACAUUAUCAGCCCCCAACCACAUUGCAUACCAAAAGAAAAAACAGCAGUAGCAUUGAAAUGCUUCUCAGCCCAUCACCUCGCUCAGACCUCAAGUUGCCUGAGAUUCAAACUUCCUUGAAGCCUAUCCAUCAUCAGUUACAUUGUUCUGAUCAUCCUGCCCCUAAAAGACCUUUUUCUCUACAUCGAGACACAUUGGCUGCUGGCUCAGCUCCUGUUGAAAAUGAAGACUCAAAUUCAAGUACUCAAAAGCGUCGCCGAAGGGAAAUGCAGGCUAUUACUACUAUUAUCGAAACCAGAGAAUUCCCUUAUAACGAUGACUAUUUAUGGAAGAACAACGGCAAUACGGUCCAUAAAAAGACAGGCUUCAAAAGCAUUUAUUAUAAAUGCUCCAAUAGUGCAAAGGGAUGUCCUGUAAACAAGACUGUCACAUUUAAAGACAAUGGUGAACAUCUCAUUAAAUAUAGAGGACAACAUUUGUCUGAAUGCAAUCGUAUCAAACGCAUUACAGACCUUUAA